AAUCAAAUCAUAGUUCCCAGGGGUGACAGGAGUAGGGCUGCCCGGAACUUGCAGCCCCUACCUAUUCUCCUCAGAUAUACCUCUUCCCAUCUUAAACGAUGGCAUAGCUGAGGGCCUGAGGCAUUGAAGAGCCCUUUCUAAGGUCUCAGGAGUAAUCAAAGGAAAAAUGAAGGCAGAAGGGACCCGAAUCAGCAUUCUCAGCCCCUUGAGACACACUGGUAUCUAAGCUGUAAGUGGUGUGGGUUCCCUUGGGGACCACAGGGAACUUCUUCAUCCUGAUUGGAUUCUACAUUUAACCCUUGGGAGCAAGACCAAGAAACUGAGGCCCAGGAACAGGUGAAGAUGGGGUUUAUAUUCUCAAAAUCUAUGAAUGAAAACAUGAAAAACCAACAGGAGUUUAUGCUUAUGAAUGCUCGACUCCAGCUGGAAAGACAGCUAAUGAUGCAGAAUGAAAUGAGAGAAAGGCAGAUGGCUUUGCAGAUUGCUUGGUCUCGAGAAUUCCUCAAAUAUUUUGGAACUUUUUUUGGCAUUGCAGCCAUCUCUUUAACAGCUGGAGCAAUACGAAGGAAGAAGCCAGCCUUCCUCUUCCCUAUCAUUCCAUUAGGCUUUGUCCUCACCUACCAGUAUGACUUAGGAUAUGGAACCCUUCUCCAAAGAAUGAAAGGUGAAGCUGAGAACAUACUGGAAACAGAAAAGAGUAAGUUGCAGCUGCCGAAAGGAAUGAUCACUUUCGAAAGCCUUGAAAAAGCCAGAAGGGAACAGAGUAAAUUCUUCAUAGACAAAUGAAAUUAUGUUUACCCACCGAAUCUCAAAACACAUCAUUGUUGACUUGAAUCAUGGUUUUUACAAUUUUUAGAUGCUUGAGAUUUUGAUAUAAUGGAUUUUAUUUUAAAAUAUUAAAAUGCAAAAUGGGUUUUGUUAAAUGAUUUUAAAAUAAAAUUUAUAACAUUCAACACAAAAUUAUGGAGGUACUCUAAAUAACUUAUUUCCUAUAUAUGUGUGUAUUACAA